AUGCCCCCUUCGCCCUGCCAAAUCUGCCAAACCAACCGCGCCCUCAUACUCCGCCCCAAAAACGGCCACAAACUGUGCAAGCCGUGCUUCCUCGAAGUCUUCGAGGCCGAAAUCCACCACACCAUCACCUCGAACAACCUCUUCCACCGCGGCGAGCGCAUCGCCAUCGGCGCCUCAGGCGGCAAAGACAGCACCGUCCUCGCCUCGGUCCUCAAAACCCUCAAUGAGCGCUACGAUUACGGCGUUGAGCUUAUACUGCUGAGUAUAGAUGAGGGCAUCAAGGGCUAUCGAGAUGAUUCGCUUGAGACGGUCAAGAGGAACGCGAAGCAGUAUGAUAUGCCCCUCAUGAUUGUGGGGUAUGGCGAGCUGUAUGGCUGGACGAUGGACCAGGUGGUGGAGCAAGUGGGCAAGAAGGGGAAUUGUACGUAUUGUGGCGUCUUCAGGCGGCAAGCGCUGGAUCGUGGUGCAGCCAGGCUGGGGGUGCAGCAUGUUGUUACUGGACACAAUGCAGAUGACGUUGCGGAGACUGUGUUGAUGAACCUACUCCGCGGCGACCUCCCCCGUCUCUCUCGCACUACUUCCAUAGUCACCUCCACCCCCUCCGCCACCGUAUCUCCAAACUCUAACACGCCCUCCCACACAAACAUCAAGCGCAGCAAGCCCCUCAAGUACGCCUACGAGAAAGAAAUCGUCCUCUACGCCCACCAUAAAAGCCUCGACUACUUCAGCACCGAAUGCAUAUACUCACCUGAAGCCUUCCGCGGCAGCGCCAGGGCGCUCAUCAAGAACCUCGAGCGCGUGCGACCGAGCGCGAUACUGGAUGUCGUGAGAAGCGGAGAGGAUAUGGCGAAGCUGGUGCCCGGUGGAGGAUCUGAUAGCUGUGGAGGCGCCUGCGGUGUUAGGAGCAAAGCCGUUGUGCCGGAAGCCGAAGACGAGGAGGGUGGUUGCGGUAAUAGCGCUGAGCGGAGUAUGGGCGGCGAGAUGGCUGCGAUGGAGAAGCGGCUGGUCCAUGACGGGCAGGCGGCGGAGAACGGGUUGGAGACGGAAAUCACACUCCCGAGACUGAGGGAGCUACAACCGCACCGUCAGAGCGUUAAGAUGGGCGUCGACGGGCGGGCGAGGAAGCAGAAGUCGCAGAAGGGACCUGCGCAGACGCCGCGGAAGCUGCCACAACAGAAGAUGGGGCAGUGUGAGCGGUGUGGAUAUUUGUCUAGUCAGGCUGUGUGCAAGGCUUGCGUCCUACUUGAAGGAUUGAACAAGAGCCGGCCGAGAACGGCCAUCGACAUCGCCGGGCACGACGAUGAGCGCGAGCAGGCCGUUAAUGAGGCCGUGAAUGGCGUUCGUCAGGUAUCGAUCGCUGCCGAUUGA